UCUUAUGGGCACAUAUAGAGGUGUCACAGUCAUUAAAAUGUAGCUUUAGUAAAAUGCAAAGGUUAUAUUUACCUACAUAUCACUUUGUGACAACAUACAGCAUUGAAGAAUAGAAUUGCUCACCUUUUUUUCUUUCAAUGAACAAAGAGAGGAAUAAGACUUCAUUUCCCAGCAUGCUCCAGCACGGCUCGUGUCUGUGAUGUCACAAUAAGUAUAUAUAUGGCUACAGGGAAAAAAUUCUUCCUCCAUUGUUACAUUGUAACAAACGGGGCCGGGGCGAAGCCGGGAGAAAGGCGUCUUCUCGGUCCAAAACCUGCAACAUUUUGACACCGAAUGAAGCCGGCCUGUCCGCGGUAACACCAGCAGACCGACACCCGAAACACAGACGGCUGAACCCGGCCCGGUGAGAAAAAGGAUAAACGAAAACAGAUGUCAGCGGAUUUCUCCACUGCAAGCAAUUCAAGGCUCACAUCAAGAAGAUAAGAAAUUCGGCUAUUUGCAUUAUUCAUGCUGCUCCGAAAAUGUUGGAAAUAAACCGCAGCUAAGCAUUUUGACGUCCUUCUUCCUGCUGUCUGUCCUUUAAAUAGAUAGGCAUGCAGCAUUUAAAUCAGCCCCACAGGUCUAACAGACAGCCCCUAUUAUCUCUGAGCUCUUUUACAGUGUAGAACAAUGAGCAUGGAGCUGAAGUAGCCACAUAUAGUCACAUCUAAGUGUUGCAAAUUGACAAUCACGCCAGCUUUUAGCCAAAUUACUUGUGGUUACUGUUAGUCCACGGUUGCUGUCUGGUUACUCGGUUCCGGGGAGUCGGUUUUGGCAUAAAAAUCAUCUCAUAGGGCGUUUAAAGAUUCAUGUGCAGCUUGCAUUGGAAAAGGAAACGACCUACAAGCUGGUUGGAAUAAGGGUCCCUUUUUCUUCCCCAGACACAGAGUUUCCAUGGAGGCAGGUUCGUCCCUCAGCCUCAAGCGACGAUAUGAAGAGGUGGACAACAGCUCUCCAUUCUCCAUUACACCUAAGGACUCUGACGAUGACAUCUCCAGCAGUGACAGCGCUGACAGCUGUGACAGCCUCAACCCCCCUUCUAGCACUACAUUUACCCCCACCUCCAUCCUCAGACACCACAAACCGUCACCAGGAGGAAAACGGGUGCGUUUCGAUGUGGUGACAGUGUAUUACUUCCCCAGGCGGCAGGGCUUCACCAGUGUUCCCAGCCAAGGGGGCAGCUCCCUGGGCAUGGCCCGUCACCACUCCUCAAUCCGACACUACACACUGGGCGAGUUUGCCCGCGAACAGGAGUCCAGCCACCGGCACACUUUGCGACAGCACUUGCGCCAGGAAAAGCUCAAGGCUCGCAAAAUGAAGCUCCUGGUGCUGAAACCCUGUCAUCCACAGCUGACCAGGAAUGGCACAGUGGAGUGUGCUCAGGCAGACCUGCUGACUCUGGAGGACGUCUCAGAUGAAGAUCUCGACGUGGACGGAGUGGAGGUGGACGACUGUUUCUUCCUUCAGCCCCUGCCAACAAAGCGUCGUCGAGCUCUCCUGCGAGCCUCUGGCAUCGCCCGCAUUGACGCACGGGAGAAAGCUGAGCUACGAGCCAUCCGUCUUUCCCGGGAGGAGUGUGGGUGCGACUGCCGCUUGUACUGUGAUCCUCGCCACUGUGGCUGCAGCCAGGCUGGCAUUAAGUGCCAGGUGGAUCGCAUGUCUUUCCCAUGUGGCUGUUCAAGGGAUGGUUGUGGAAACAUAGCUGGCCGUAUUGAGUUUAAUCCUCUGCGUGUCCGAACUCACUACCUGCACACCAUCAUGAAGCUUGACCUGGAGAAGAGGAGGAUGCUGGUACAAGGGACUGGGGACCAGUAUGCUGAAUCAGACCCAGUGUCCUCCCCCUCCUCUACGUGUCCUACUUCCCCAGACCUAUCCUCAGUCACUGGCCUAGACUCUGAGCUGGAGGAGAGCGAGGUGCAGACAGUUGUGGAGGUUCAGGAUCUCCUGGCAGAGCAGGACAUUCUGGAGCGAGAGAAUGAGACAGCUGUGCUGCACCUGCAGAGUGCGGAGGAGCAGGAGAGGAGGGAGAGGGAGGAGGCUGAAGGUGAAGCCGUACAGCAGGAGCUGGGAGCCGGUGGCCUGUCAGAGCAGCCCCUCUGCCUCCUGCCCGGUGCCUUGGGAGGGGAACUGUCCGAACAGACAGAGGUACAGGGGGUGGAGCAGGUCCUUCUACAGGGACCUUUUCCCACAGGAGCUACAGUCCUGUGCAUCACUGACAACCAAGAGGAGAGCCCCUCUGAUCUCCUGAAAGACUCCACUUCUCUGCUCUACUACCAGCUCAGUCCAAUAGAGACCGGAGCUUUUGAGACCCUACCCCGAGCUGACGAGGUUGUAAAAGAAGUGAUGACAGAACAAGAGUUAAGAGGAGUUGAGUGUAUGGAAAGCAAAAAAGAGGGAAGAGAAGAGCUGAUGGGUGAUACGCCUGAAGAGAUCACCUGCAGGCAGAGUUUGGGCCAGUCUUUGACCAAUGUGGUUCUCUGCUCAGAGAACCAUGUAGAGGUAGUAGAGGAAAAGCCGAGUCCCCACCAGAGUCUCCCUAAAGAGCAGUACCAAGGGGAAAUCUGCUUGGGAGGAGAAGUUUACUAGCAUCUGCAGAUAUUUUGCACAAUAGCUUCAUCUAAGAUGAAUAAUAACACAUUUCACAUUUAUUAUUGCUAUUAAGAAUGGUUACAGGUUGCAAUCUCUAGUAGAGACUGUACAUGCAUUAUGUAGAGAAUGAGUUUGAGUUGUACAAUACAUGUUGAAGAUGGGGAUGCUGAAAAGCACAUACAGAUCACUCCCCAGAAAUAAUAUGGAUGCAGUUGCAAAGCAACAUUGUUGUUCUGUUGGGGGUGAUGAAUGCAGCCUUAAUGGAAAAAAAUAAGAGUUGUUUGUUGGAGUCAUCUGUCCAUGAGAAAAUACAGCAAACAGUGCUUUGGUUAAUUUCCAUCACAGCAAAUACAAAACACAAUUUGUGAAUGCUGACAUAAGCCUUUUGUUUGGUGAUGUAUAAUACUGUCAACACUAAACACAAACUGUUUUAGAUACUCAACUGGCUCACUUUCCAUUACAGCAAACAUAUGCUGUAGUCAAGCCAAAUUAAGGCCUCUGAUAGUAUCCUCCACUGAAAAUAGACCUAAUAAUCCUGGAAAUACUUGUUUUUGUGUACUGUAUAUGCAUUUGCAAUGUGUGAGACACAGCUGAGAUUGCUGCUUUUUUUUUAUUUGUAUGCACAUUGUGAACUGAGGGCAGCGAGUGUUGUGGCUGUGCUGCAGUGAGGCAUGAAGGUAAACCAACUGAGAGCAGCAGAUUGGUACUAGCCUUAUGUUGCAGUUGCGCAUCUUGGGCUGCAGAUGCAGUUGAAUUGUCAAAAAAGUAGUUAAUCUGUAAUAGUUGCCUAUGAUAUUACUUAUUAUUUUUUGAGUAAUGUGUCUUUUGUGGUUUAGAUACAGUUGAUUUUAUGCAGGCUGAAGUGCCUGUAGUCCUUUUUUUGGGUGGAAGAAGAUGCUAUUUCUUUCAUACUGCUAGACUGUCAUGCCAAGUAGUCAGUCAUGUCAUGUUUUGAUGAAAUGUCAAAGUAGAUCCUCUUUUAAUGAGUUGUGCAGUAAGGAGAUUACUCAGCAUCAAGACAAAAUUCAUAUGAAGAAAAAAGCAUUUUAAGAGUCAUAGAAAAUGCAGCCUGUGCUGUUAUAAGUAGUUAUACAAAAUGAUGUGAUGAUACUAAUUUAUGGAACAAACUGACAACAACCUGAAUUUGUAUAUUUUAUGUUUAACCUGUAUAUGUGUAGGGGGUGUGUGUGUGUGUGUAUGUGUGUGUGUGUGUGUGUGUGUGUGUGCGUGUGCACUAUACUUAGGUGUGUCUGUGUGAGAGAGAAGGGUGUUGAUGCAUCUGCGUGUGCACGUAUAUGUACUGUAUUAGGAAGUGGGGCGAGUAUAGUAGUAGGAAUGCAUAUUCUAUUCCUGAAUGGUGCUGAUGCUACAGAGUAAUACUUCAUUGUCUUUCUCUCUACCAUCAUGAGAAAUAUAAUUUGUAAAUGUUUCUCGAUGACAGAUGAAAGAAAUUAAAGUGUUGGAGGAGGUUGUUGUAGGAACGCAAUAGCUGUUGCACUGCAAAUCAUUUAUUGUGAUAAUGGAAUGAGGUGUUUUGUCAUUGAGUAUAUAAUUGCAAUCUUAUAACAUUUCUGGUCUUUAAAUGUGUUUUUUAAGCUGUGUCUGAUUAAUGCUGAUCUGCAUAAGUGUGCCGACUCUUCUUACACAAAAUCAGUCCUUUGUUUUGUUGCCUGAAGAAAUCACAGCUGUUGCUUUUUGUAACGGCUUGCCUAACACAGGAUAUGCUGCUGUGUAUGAGAUGUCUGAUGUAUUUCUUUGCCUUUUUAUUGUCUUAAUAUAAACCUGCUUAUGAGUUGCACCAAAGCAGUGGUUUCAAACCUAAUUAAAUGAAGCGUCAUCCAUCAGAUGUUAACAGAGCAGUCUCCGGUUGGAAUUCUGUGGCUGCACAUGUAUCGUGGCCCUUUGUGUUUGUGUGCCAUAGAACCAUCUUUGAAGUGACAAUGAUUACAAGCUGCCUAUUGUUGAGCUUUAGACUUUGGCUUUCUACUAAUAGAGUUAGGUUUGUGACCACUGCAUCAAAUUAACUCCAGUACACAAUGUGAUUGUGUGUUUCUCUGUGUGAAAGGGUGUGUGACUGUUGAAAAGACCGAUACGUUUAGACUUCAUCUAAAAGCUGUGAGAACUACUCUCAUGCUAACUGUUGCCUAAAGUGGACAAAAAAAGUUUUUAUACAAACAUAAAAACAUUAAAAUACUCAUUUCAAAAACAA